UCUAGUUUAAUGAGCUUUAAGCAAUUGAUGGGCAUUUGGAAAUUAGAAUUUGGCAUUGUUACUCUUCUGUGCAAUCCGGUUGUUUCUGUCUCGCGUCCUGAUCGCCCUCCAACUAAGAUUUCUUUUGAGAAAUACUCGCCUUUGGAUUGGUCCGGCUAUUUUGAUCGAGAGGGAGAUGUCUUCAUACCAGACUCAAACGAUGUCUUUCAUUUAUAUAUGGCAGGAACAGAAGGACCUGUUAUUUUUUGUCUACAUGGGGGUGGUUACUCUGGGCUCUCGUUUGCACUGUCUGCUAGUAAAAUUAAAGAGAAACCUAGAGUAGUUGCCAUGGACCUCAGAGGACAUGGAAAAUCAACCUCAGAAGAUGAUCUCGAUCUAUCUAUUGAGACUAUGUGCAACGAUGUUUUUGCUGUUAUGAAGGCACUGUAUGGAGAUUCUCCUCCUGCAAUUGUGCUUGUUGGCCACAGCAUGGGGGGAUCAGUCGCGAUACACGUUGCUGCAAAGAAAACACUGCGUUGCUUAGCUGGUUUGGUGGUUGUGGAUGUUGUAGAGGGGACAGCAAUGGCAUCAUUAGUUCACAUGCAGAAAAUCCUCUCUGGCAGAAUGCAGCAUUUUUCAAGUAUUGAGAAAGCGAUUGAAUGGAGUAUUAGAGGAGGUUCUCUAAGAAAUAUUGACUCUGCUCGCGUAUCCAUUCCAACCACUUUAAAGUAUGAUGAUUCAAAGAAAUGUUAUGUCCACAGAGCACGGCUGGAAGAGACCGAACAAUAUUGGAGAGGCUGGUAUGAAGGCUUUUCAGAAAAAUUUCUAUAUUCUCCUGUUCCAAAGCUCUUACUAUUAGCUGGCACUGACAGACUGGACAGAGCACUCACAAUAGGUCAAAUGCAAGGCAAGUUUCAGAUGGUGGUAGUCAGACAUACAGGGCAUGCUAUACAGGAGGAUGUACCUGAUGAAUUUGCUGCAUUGAUACUCAAUUUUUUAUCUCGCAACCGCAUUGGUCCUCAUGGAGUCGAGAUCCCUCAAAACAGCAGCCAUGGCAGUUCAUUCUGUGGCCUUGGCUGCCUUUAAACUUACAGCCGUUUCUUUUGUUUUGUUUUCUUUACUGCAUGGACUAUAUUUUAAAGCUAGGAGCAGUAGAAAGGAAAAGCGGCAGUUAUACUAUUAUGUG